AUGAUGAGUUGGAGAAGUGAAACUGGAGAUGGAAUAAUUCUCAAACAUAAAAGAACAAUAAUGAUGAUAUUGAAAGCAGAUAAUAAGAACAAUUGGACACCUUUACAUUGUGCAGCUCGUGCAGGUUAUUUGGAUGUGGUAAAGUUAUUAGUGGAUUCUGGAGCCUCCCCAAAAUCAGAGACCAACUAUGGCAGUGCUCCCAUCUGGUUUGCUGCAGCAGAAGGCCAUAAUGAUGUCCUCAAAUACUUAAUGGGAAAGGAUCAUGAUACCUACAACCUUAUGGAAGAUAGAAGAUUUGUGUAUAAUUUAAUGAUUUGCAGCAAAAACAAUGCAAAUAAGACAAUUGAAGAUUUUGUCUUAGUAUCUCCAGCCCCAGUAGAUACUGCUGUUAAAUUAUCUGCCAUCUUUAUACGUCUGUCUGACAAAGAAAAAGAGCGGGCAAAAGAUUUGAUUGCUGCUGGCAAGCAAUGUGAAGCAAUGGCCACAGAGUUGUUAGCACUAGCAGCUGGAGCAGAUUCUGCAGGUCGUAUCCUCACAGCAAUGGAUCGCCGCAACAUUGAAUUCUUAGAUGUGCUCAUUGAGAAUGAGCAGAAAGAGGUUAUAGCACACAUGGUUGUCCAAAGGUACUUGCAGGAACUGUGGAGAGGAAGUUUAAAUUGGGCAGCUUGGAGGACAAUGCUGCUGUUCAUCGGAUUCAUUGUUUGCCCUCCUAUUUGGAUUGGAUUUACACUUCCAUUGGGACACAAAUACAACAAAGUUCCAAUUAUAAAAUUCAUGUCCUAUUUGACAUCUCACAUCUACCUCAUGCUGUUUCUGAUGCUGUCUGGCAUUACACCUAUUCACAGUGUAGUACGUCCACAUCUCUAUCCUUACUGGUAUGAGUAUGUGUUGCUUGUAUGGCUUUCUGGAUUACUACUGUUUGAACUGACAAAUCCAAGUGAUAAAAGUGGACUGGGAUGGAUCAAAGUGGCUGUCCUACUGUUUGGCAUCUUUGGAGUGGCCCUGCAUCUACUGGGCUUUGUGUUUGUGGCAAAGGCCCAUUGGGCCACCCUGAUGUACCUGAGGAAUCAACUGUUUGCGAUGUCGUUUCUUCUUGCUUGUGUGCAAAUCUUGGACUUCCUGUCAUUUCAUCACUUGUUUGGACCAUGGGCAAUUAUUAUAGGAAAUCUUAUGAAAGACUUGGCCAGGUUUCUUGCAGUGUUAGCCAUUUUUGUGUUUGGCUUUUCAAUGAAUAUUGUUGCUCUUAAUCAGCCAUUUUUGAGUGAUGAAAAAAGAAGAAACAAGAGUGUUAGUAAAAACUACACAGGAAUUUUUUCUGAAGUGCGAUUGAGUCCAAUAGAGGCCUUUGAGAUGCUAUUUUUCGCUGUCUUUGGAAUGACCAACAUUGAACAAAUUCAAAAGAAGACUCCACCUGGAUAUCAACCCCCAUGGACAACUUAUCUUUUUAAGUGUAUGUUUAUGGUUUACAUGUUAGUAUCAGUGGUAGUGUUAAUCAACUUGCUCAUUGCUAUGAUGAGUGAUACAUACCAACGCAUUCAAGCUCAGUCUGAUAUUGAAUGGAAAUAUGGCUUAGCUAAGUUGAUUCGCAACAUGCACCGAACAACUACCACUCCAUCUCCCCUCAACUUGGUAACAUCGUGGUUGAUGAUUCUGUUGCGGUUCUGCAAACAGAAGAUGGCUCAAAAGAAACGCCCAAGUCUUGUUCAGAUGAUGGGCAUGCAAGGUUCCCGUGUGAGCGCAAGAACAAAGAUGGGAGCAAAGUGGUUGGCAAAGGUGAAGAAAGGACAAGUGGCUCCAAAAGAUUCUGUUGCUCUGAGCGUUGUUCAUCUCAGCCCUCUUGGUUCUCAACUCAGCUUUAACAAUGUGCAACGAAUUGAAACAGUCACAGAUUGGCCUGCAAUUGCUAAAAAGUAUCGUAUUCUUAUGGGAGAAAUUGAAGAAAAAGUUGGAAGUUCUGCAUCAGAUGAUGACAUGAAUAAUGGUGAUCGUAAUGAGGCAAACAACAACAAUUAUGAGCAGUGAUUUGAAUAACUGUCAGCUUAUAUAUGUUGAUAAUUACACGUGUUCAUGAAAGUAAAUGAAUGGUAAAUAAUAAUACUGACCUCAUGUGCCUUCUACAAUAGGAAGACAUGAGAAAAAAACAGUUUUAAUAAAAUUGAAAAUUCCUUUUACAUAUCACAUGUAUUUGAUAUUCAUUUUUCAAUAAUGAAUAAACUACUCAUUUUAGAAUAUUGUAAUGUAUUGUAAUGUAGAUCCGUAUUGUUCAUUGUUUGCUGUGUCAUGCUAUUUCCAAAAUUACAAUUGUAAAUACAUGCUGCUUGUUCAAUAACAAUAUUCUUACAUACUAUUUUUGUUACUUCUCACAUUAUCUCAAGAUUAUUGUAAUUAUUAUGUGUGUGACAGCACUUCAAGUUUUAGAUAUUUAUUUUUAUUGUGUACUCUUAACUUAUUUUUCUUACUUUGACAAAGUGCAUACUAAACCAUUUUCAAUUUUUUAAAACAUUUAUACUGUUACUUGUGUGUUAAAAGUUGUACAAAUAUAGUUAAUAAAUAUUUUGUGAAAAGUCAGGUGGCAAAGACAGUACAUUCCUUAAAGUUGGUUUCAUUAAUAUUUCUAUUUGUUAUUACCUAAAACUCUUGAGGAAGUACUGUCAAACACUGACAUGCAAAUAAGGAAUUGAUAAAUUGUGAUAGAAAAAAGUUGUAGGUUGAAAUGUCAUUUACUUACUAGUUUGAAUUUGAAUUUAUUGAUUGCGUGGAUAUGUACUGGCAAAUAUUACACACAAUUUUAUCUCUGAAAUUAUACAUAUUCAUAGAUAAACUGGAAAUGUAUAUUUUUAGGAAGAAUAUGUUAAGCUCAGUAUUUAACCGUUUAAUUUUGAUUAUUAAAUAUUCAAGUAAAACUUCUUUUUUUGAACAUGAUAAAAAAUUUUAAAUUUAGUUAGUAAUUUCUAAGUAUUGUUUCUGUAGACAUGUGAAAACCUUCAACUAUUUUUCCAAUUUUUGCUCCUUGAUGUUAGUUUAAGAUCAUACAGAAUUACCAGAUUUACAUGACUACUCUAUGGUGUCCGAAUACAUUAUUGAGCAGUGUGCAUUUAAUUCUCAAAAAUGCAAACUAUUCAUAACUUUUUCUACUUGUGAUGGUUAAUAGCUUUGGUAUGAAAUUAGAUUUACCUGGAUAUUAGUAAGUGUGGGGACAAUAGAACCUUUGAGGAAAAGCAUCAGCGUGCCAGUGCCUUGCAUAUAAAUUUAUUGCUUUC